UGGGCCGCGGGGUUCCUUAGGUCGCGGCUCGGCACCGAGACCGGUUCCGCUGCGGGUUCGGUUCCCGAGCACCUUGGGCGGUCCCCGGCUGCUUCUCCACGAGCUCCCGGGCUCCUGCCUCCCGCGCGCCCGAGUGGGACUCGAGUGCCCGGCCGGGGGAUUGCCUGGGGGAGGGGCGGGAACGAGCCCUGGGGUCAGCCUGAGGCUCUGGGACUCGGCCGUCCCCACCUCUCCUCCUCUCGGGCUCCAGGGCGCCGUGCCCAAAUUAAUCCUCCGCAGUUUUCGGUGCCUGCCGAGAGUUCGGAAAUCAUGACAGAGGAGCUGGAUUCACCUGGACAGGACUCCGAUGUGGGCAGUGAGGAGGUGGUUCUAACUCCCGCAGAGCUUAUUGGGAGGCUGGAGCAGGCCUGGAUGAAUGAAAAGUUUGCUCCUGAGCUGCUGGAAAGCAAGUCUGAAAUCGUGGAGUGCGUCAUGGAGCAGCUGGAGCACAUGUUUUUCUUUCAACAGGAAGAAAAUCUCAGAAGAGCCAAAAGAGAAGAUCUGAAGGUCAGUAUCCAUCGGAUGGAGAUGGAGAGGAUCCGCUACGUCCUCAGCAGCUAUUUGCGGUGCCGACUCAUGAAGAUAGAGAAGUUUUUCCCUCACGUCCUAGAGAAGGAGAAAGCGCGCCCUGCAGAGGAGCCUUCUUGCCUGUCUCCAGAGGAGUUUGCCUUUGCCAGAGAGUACAUGGCUCAUACAGAAACCCAUCUUAAGAAUGUCGCCUUAAAGCACAUGCCUCCGAACCUGCAGAAGCUGGACCUCUUGAGGGCAGUUCCCAAGCCAGAUCUAGACACGUAUGUAUUUCUGAGAGUAAAAGAGCGACAAGAAAACAUCCUGGUGGAACCAGAAGCAGAUGAGCAGAGAGACUAUGUGAUCGACCUGGAGGAGGGCUCGCAGCACCUGAUCCGAUACAAAACCAUCGCGCCUCUUGUUGCUUCUGGAGCUGUUCAGCUCAUUUAAAACUAAAAACAAGCCUGAGGACGUGGAGUCACAGACAGUGUUAGAAAUUCUGUGUUCCCUUUGAAGUCAUUACAUUCCGGCCAGCAGACCACUUGAGCACAGAAUAGGAAUGGGCAGGAUUUCUGACUUUCCUGUGUUCCCUCCUAACUUCCUGCUGUUUCAGCCAGCAUCAGCAGAUGGGGCCCUUGCUCUGUUUAUUCCAGACCCAGCAAAUAAAUUAAUGGUUGUGUGCCUUU